AUGACUCUGUUUCAACUUACAUGUAUGUGCAGGUCUGAAUCAGAAUAUAAGUUUAUUGGAAAGAUAGUUGAAGAGGUUUCUAUAAGGAUCAGAUGUAUUCCUUUCCAUGUUGCAAACUACCCAGUUGGGGUGGAGUCUCGGAUAUUAGAAGUGACAUCUCUACUAGGACUUGGGUCUGAUGAGAGAACAAACACGGUAGGCAUUUAUGGAAUCGGCGGAAUAGGCAAAUCAACAACUGCUCGUGCUGUGCAUAACUUGAUUGUUGACCAAUUUGAAAGUGUGUGUUUUCUUGCUGGCAUAAGAGAGAGGGCGAUUAAUCAUGGUCUAGCUCAUCUCCAAGAAACACUACUUUCUGAAAUACUUGGGGAGAAAGAUAUUAAAGUGGGAGAUGUUUAUAGAGGAAUUUCAAUAAUUAAAAGAAGGCUUCAAAGAAAGAAAGUCCUUUUGAUUCUUGAUGAUGUGGACAAAGUGGAGCAUUUACGGGCACUUGCAGGAGGACAUGAUUGGUUUGGACUUGGCACCAAGAUAAUCAUCACUACAAGAGACAAGCAUUUGCUGGCAACUCAUGGGAUUGUGAAAGUGUACAAGGUUAAAGAGCUAAAAAAUGAAAAGGCUUUUGAAUUAUUUAGUUUGCAUGCAUUUAAAAAUAAAAAAAAUUGAUCCAUGUUAUGUGGAUAUUGCAAAACGCACAGUAUCUUAUUGUCAUGGUCUUCCCUUGGCUUUGGAGGUGAUAGGUUCUCGCUUCU